GGAGUCCGGCCAAAAUCGCUAGCAACAACAAACCCCUUUCCAAAUUAUUUCCAAGUAAUAAAAAUUUCAUUUUUCACCCAAAGAUUUACAGUUUAAUAAAGGGCUCCGAAGACUAAAGUGAGAUUCAAUAAAAACGUUAUCUGUUUACAAUACAGAACGGUGUAGAUAAUCAUGGGACCAAUGGACGAUUUCUCCAGUUGACUCAGUCGACUGCUGAUAACUUCAAGAUGGUCGUGGGUAUCAGCUUUUUUCUAGUUUAGUCCGUUUAUUUAGCAUUCGACAUUUCAUUUAAUCGGUGAAAAUCAAGUUUCCAGUCGUCUACCGUCUGAGAGAAAAGUACAUCACGGCCCGAAUCCAGCUAUAAAACACUAUUUUCCAUCUCCUCGCUAUUAGAUAACAGUUUAAUACCCUACUUUCUACUUAGAUGGUGGAGUGAUUAUUAAAUAUAAAUUACAACAUUAACAAAACAAAAAGAAAAAUAAGAGAGAUCCAAACUCACAGUUUCCAGACAGCUGAGAAAUGCCUUUAUUUGGAAAAUCACAGAAGAGCCCUGCAGAGGUAGUAAAGGCAUUAAAAGAAGCAGUCAAUGCCUUGGAAAGGGGUGAUAAAAAAGUUGAAAAGGCUCAGGAAGAUGUGAGUAAAAAUCUUGUGCUAAUUAAAAAUAUGCUGUAUGGGACGUCGGACACAGAGCCUCAAACUGACAUAAUUGUUGCGCAGUUGGCACAAGAGCUAUACAAUAGCAAUUUGUUAUUGAUGCUAAUACAAAACCUUAAUAGGAUAGAUUUUGAGGGGAAAAAAGAUGUAGCACAAGUGUUCAACAAUAUCCUAAGGCGUCAAAUAGGAACAAGAUCACCUACAGUGGAAUACAUAUGUACAAAGCCUGAAAUCUUAUUCACACUUAUGAAUGGUUAUGAACAUCAAGAAAUUGCUUUAAACUGUGGGACCAUGUUAAGGGAGUGUGCUAGAUAUGAAGCAUUAGCAAAAAUCAUGCUUCAUUCUGAAGACUUUUUCAAUUUUUUCCGUUAUGUAGAAGUCUCAACAUUUGACAUCGCAUCUGAUGCAUUCUCAACAUUUAAAGAAUUAUUGACUAGGCAUAAAAUGUUAUGCGCAGAGUUUCUAGAACAAAACUACGACAAAGUAUUUUCGCAUUACCAGCGCCUGCUGAAUUCAGAAAAUUAUGUUACACGCCGCCAAAGUCUUAAACUUCUUGGAGAACUCCUCCUAGACAGACACAAUUUCACUGUGAUGACUAGGUACAUAUCAAACCCAGACAACCUGAAACUAAUGAUGAACAUGCUUAAAGAGAAAUCACGAAAUAUUCAAUUUGAAGCUUUCCACGUUUUUAAGGUUUUUGUGGCCAAUCCUAACAAGCCGAAACCCAUUCUUGAUAUCCUGUUGCGGAAUCAAGACAAGUUAGUGGAAUUCCUCACGAGGUUCCAUACAGAUAGAUCCGAGGAUGAACAGUUCAACGAUGAAAAGGCCUACCUCAUAAAACAAAUAAAGGAGUUGAAGCCCAUACCUGAUCACUAGCACAACUUUCUUUGUGCAAAAGUAGGAAUUGUUCAAUGGCCUGUCAGGUUGUACAGUAACUAAUGUGUAUAGUCUUAAAAUCACUUGAAUGGCACUUUGGCAUUCGUUGUAGCCAAAAGUAUUACUGCUGUUGAAGUGUUGCAGUGCUUUGCAGUAAUCAAGCUGUAGUCUUCAGAUUUUUAACGAGUCUACUUCCUUAAACAAAAAAUAUACAUUUAAAACAAUCAAGAGGCAGAAAAAGUAAACGCUAAAAAAUCCAUUUUUUCAGAUAGGAUGAUUUGUAUAUUAUGUGAGACUGGAUUAACUUGAACUAAAAACUAUUAAAUAAAAACCAUAUAGUAAAAUAUAAAUUUAUAAAUAUAAUUUAAUAACCGACUGUCCACAAGGAGGCUGGAGAGAUGAAACAGUCCCUUUCAUUAACAUUAUAUUUUUAAUACAUAAUUAAAAUUUAAUUUUUUUUGAAACCAUUAUAAUUUAGAGAAAAUAACUUCAGCAAUAAAAAUUAUCCGUACCGCAUUGAAAUUAAAUAAAACAAGCAAUAAAUUUCUUCUAAGAUUGCUUUUCAAAAAGUGUUUUUCCAACCCCUACAUUUUUCCUUUUUUUAAAUUUUAUUAUUUGGCUUUUGGUUGUGAGCUAAACCCAUUUGUACCUAUAAAUAACUAUAUUUGGUUAUAUUAUUAAUAUGCUUUUACCAUUAUAAUAAUUUAUUUAGUUUAUGAUUUCUGCUAAAAUUUUAAUCGAAUAAGUAUUAAUAAUAUAUUUCUGUUUUGUGUAGUACAGUAUUCUUUUGAUUUUUUAUUGUGUUUAAAUCAGACUCAUAAACUAUACCAGAGAGAAGUAAACCUAUAGCAGAUAGAAAAAUUAAAACUAGAUUUUAUUCUUCUUCAACUGUUCCUGAUUAUAGGUUGGUCACUUAUAGAAGUGACAACAAAUGUUACUGCAACACUAGUAAAAGGGUAUGAACUUGUAACAAAUGAAACGUAAAUUAGCAAACUGUAAGUAGAAAAAAAAGAAAUAAUUUAGAAAAUUUAUGCGUGCGCGCUUAAAUGUACUAUAAAGAGGAAAUAAUAUAUUAUUUUUGCUUAUAUCUAUUAAUAGGGAAUCUUGCACUUGUAUAUACAAA